UACAAAAGAAAUCUUGUGCUGACAGGUGACCACAGCCUCUCACGCAGAGACUCGUAACAGUCUUUAACAAAUAACAAUCUAAAACGGCGUUAUUUUGACGGAGCCAAUUAGUUAGCACUAACCACUGUCCGUUCGCAAAGUGACAAACAAUGCAAUCGCACCUUCUCGUGGGACCCAUCUCCGUCGCACCCUAUGGUGGCGCCCUCGAUUCCAACGCCUUCCUCUCCGCCGCGCCUUCCACCUGGACCAACUCUUCUCGCCGCCGUAUCCCACUCGUUGCAGCCUCCUCUUCCUCCUCCUCAUCUGCUGCGGCCAUCAACGAUGGCCUGAACCACUACGCCGUGCUCGGUGUCACCCGCACCGCCACUGCCGCCGAGAUCAAACGCGCAUAUCGCCUCCUUGCUCGCAAGUAUCAUCCUGAUGUUAGCAAGGAUCCACAUGCUGCUGAAUUGUUCAAGAGCAUCCGUCAUGCAUAUGAAGUACUAUCGAAUAAAGCAACGAGAAAUAAGUAUGAUCAAGAACUUCAAUUUGGUCACAAGCCGUACAGGGAAAAGUGGAGUUACAGCACUGAAUUUGAGGAUCAGGUAAGAGUCUAUAGAUGGGCCCACCUGAGGAAAAAAAUGCAUAGUGAAAGAUACUGGGAGCAUUACAAUGUCAAUGAGGGCCACUACAGCCGUGAAACAGAUGCGGAGGAAGAUGAAGGAAAUUUAAAUGAAGAGAGGGGUUCUUUUUUUGAAGUGCUUAGAUCAGCAUUCAUGUCACUCUUCUUGUUUCAGACGUUAGGAUCCCGACUCUCACUUACAUAUAGCAGUCUGACAGCAUUGUUUGAUAAGAAGUUAGACACUGGUUACAAAAUUGGUUAUGUAAUAGCAUGGAUUUUAGGCGGGAGGGGAGGCAUAUUGCUAACAUUGUGCUUGUCCUUUGCAAGUUGGGUUUGCGGGAAAACCAGUAGUAGUGUAGUUGCACUAGUUAUGGUGGCCAUGUGGAUUGGCUCCUACCUUGCUAGGUACGCACCACUUCCCCAAGGUGCUCUAUUAGCGCUUCUCUACAUGUCCAUUAAGCUACAGUCUGACCUAAUUUAAAGGGCAUUGCCGCUACUAGCAUUUCUUCUGAAUCUGUAUAUGUGGCUAUGUUCUUUAUUAAGGUGUUUGUACAUUAUAAUAAUAUAUUCCAGUAAAUGUAAAUAACUGUUGAAAGCUAUUUACUGAUGAUAAGUUACAAAAAAUGGUUGAUGAGUUGCUAUAUGCAGAGUUCCAUCAUGUCCCAUAUUAUACACCUUUGUGUGCAGUAGUGGCAUUAAAGGGGAAAAUAUCUUGAAAAUGAAACAUAAGGCUUGGGGGAAAUGACACUUAAAUUAGGUUGCAAAAAUUAUAAGAAGUUUACAAGUUACUUCCUCAUUUACCUACCAAGUAUACCAGAAAGACAACAAUUUGCAGGCUUCUCAAUCACCGUUACUGGGGACGAAAAUAAAAGAAAGAAUUACAAGCUUCUGUAACAACCAAGUUAAAGAAGUUAGGGGUUGGGGAGUUUUCCUAAGAGCUCUUUACUUCGACAUCAUUCUUGGACAUCAAAUUUCUCCAUAGAUACCUCCCGCUGGCCAUGUCAACGAAUACCCAAAAUCCGUUCUGAAUCAUCUGAAACCAAAGCAACAAUUCUAGUCAGGAUUGAAAAGAAUAAAAUCAAGAAUGAUGGUGAAUCGUAUAAAGAAAGUGGAAUUGAGGGUACCUUAGUGAAAUUGAAAUGGUCCUUGUUGGAUGAGUAUUCCUUGUUGUGGUCUUGGUCGGUGAAGUCACUCUCCGGGGAGGAAACCACGGUGGUCCAGGCAAAAUAAGCGGCUAACACGGCGGAGAAAAAGAUCAAGAUGAAUCUGAGAGGACACAUGUCUUGCAAGGCAGAAAAAGAACUAAAUUUGCAGUAACAGAGAGAGAGAGAGAGAGAGAGAAUUGAUGACAACCCAAGUAGCAAGUCAAGAAUUAUUGGGUGGAUAUUUGCUUUGAGCAUGUUGAGGGAGGUUGAGUUGCCUUUAUAUGGCCUCAUUCACUUCUUUAAUUGUAUCGAUGAAUUAGUAAAACCGAGGAAAGGCGUGUUGUGUUGUCUGUGCCUUUUGAGACUUUUUCUGUUAGAGCCAGUAAUAUUUACAUUGUCAAAGGGCAUCCUUUCUCUUUGGCCUUUGUGCAUAUUUGACCUUGUACAAUGUGACCUUGAUGAAUAGAAAAAUAGACAAUUUAACAACAAUGUAGCAGGUGAGCUGGAACCCCAGUUCUGAAGGAAAUCUUCUAGAUACUCCAAACUUGACCAAAUCUUCUAGAUGGCAUUUCUAGACAACCACAUAUAUCUUCACAUUGUAAAGACCCCCUCACAGUCGUUGAACUCAAUCUUGCAAAACCCAUAUCAUUAUGAUUUGAUUAAACAAAGGCAAAAAUAAUGAAUCGUUUUUAACUAUCUUUAUGGAAAGAAUGAAUGAAUUGAAUUGAAUUUUUAAGCCAUACGUAGUUGAUGAAAACAUAAAACAAGAAUGCCAAUAAACAUUCUCAAAUAUGUUGCUCAAUAAUUAAUUUGCGCCAUUUAAACUAAUCAAAAUGUAAAUUAUUACAGGAAUUAAGUAUUUGUAAGAAAGAGAACAGGGAUCUAUUGAAAUUAGUAUAAAUUAAAAUUUUACAAUUUGUAAUUAUUUUAUGUUUCACUAUCAAUAAUUUCUUUCGGUGACUAUGUUUUGGUAAUAUAUUCUUUUCAAAUAUAUCAGAGUAUGAAUUAUUUGAUUAUAUAUUUAUUGUCGAGAAGUCUAUCAGAUUUCAAACAUGUAAGUAAUCAUAGUAUGAUCAUAAUAUGGACAAAGUUACAAUCGAUAAUCUGAUCUUUAAAAAUAUAAUUUUUUAUUUUAGUUGCUAUAAAAUUUUAUUCAUUUUGAAUCUCUAUAUUUAACAAAAAUGAUAUUGGUUUUAUCCAUUGUCAAUCACUAAAGAUUCAAGCAUAUAGUUUUUAUAGUUUUAAAGACUAAAAAUAAAUACAAUUUUUUUUAUGGCUAAAACUAGAAAAUGUCUUUUUUUUUCAAAAACUAAAAUAUAUAUUUAAGUCAACAUUAAAAAUAACUUACUAAAAUGACUUUUUUAAGACUUGAUUUAUGACAAACAUAAUGACAGAGUUUGAUUCAUAAAGUUAAUCUCAUCAAGUGAAUUGUUAACAUCAACAUUUAAGAUUCAUUUUAAGCAACUAAAAUAAUAAUAAAUUUUUAUUGAAACGUAUUUAUUACACACUUAUUCUUUGAUAUGAGUACAUUCUUUUUAAUAAAAAUAUUAUCAUCUUUAGUUGCUUAAAAUAAUUCCUAAGAGUUGAUAAUUUUUUAUUCUUUUAAAAUGCUCUUAUUUUAUGAAUAAAAUUUGUUCAGCAUCAUAAUCCGAAACCACUGAAGUUAAAAUUUAUCUAUUUCAAAUUAAAAACACGUUAUUAAUUAAGAAAAAAAAGUUUUCUUCUCAAAUUUUCGUCCUAAGUAAGUAUUAUUAUUACAACCUUAAUUGUAUUUCUUUUUUUGGUCAACAACCCUAAUUCUCUGUUGGCAACUGGCUAGAGUAAAGGAUAUAUAUGAACUAAGUUUAUCACCUAAAAAAGCAAAAUAAAGUGGGCUAGUUUGGAUAUACUCGUUGGUUCAGAGCACAUUUUGUUGAAAAAAGAAGAAGGGGUUUUUCACAUUUUAUGGACCUAAAGAAAAAACUUCUUAAUAUUUCAUGCUACUUUCGGCCACUCAGGGUUCACUUUACUAAAAAAGGAUUUUUUGGGUCGCGGGGCUAUUCUGGGUUUGGGAGAGUCU